AAAUCUAAUCACUCUCUCGUACACCCUCAUCUCUUCUUAUUCCAUCUCUUAUCUUCUCCCCCUUGUGUUAAGGAUGGCUCUGAAGCAGUGUAAUGGGAGCCAAGGCUUAAGGAGUUUCCCACCCUCUCCUUCCCCUUCUACGGGGUUGUUUGCUGAGAUGGGUUCUCUCUCCAUAAAUCCAACUUCUUCGGUGGGGAGUAAUUGCUCCAACAAGGGCUCAGAGAAGACCUUUUGGACUUCCUCUUUCAUGAGGAACUACAUUGGACUAGAGGACCACCCACCACAAAACAGUGAGGAUGAAGGUGGGAAGUGCUCUGAUGCCACUGAUGGUUUCGGAGAGAACCACAUCAAUGCCAUUGGAGAAGAGAGCCCAGAGGGAGAGAACACAAAUGAGGGAUCAUUGGCAGUAAAGGAGGCUGCUGAUUGUGGCCAGUCAAAGCUCUGUGCCAGAGGCCAUUGGAGGCCUGCAGAAGACUCCAAGCUCAGAGAGCUUGUGGCCCUCCAUGGCCCUCAGAACUGGAACCUUAUAGCAGAGAAGCUGGAGGGCAGAUCAGGGAAGAGCUGCAGGCUGAGAUGGUUCAACCAGCUGGACCCCAGGAUCAAUAGGAGUGCUUUCACUGAAGAAGAGGAGGAGAAGCUAAUGGCUGCUCACAGAUUGUAUGGGAAUAAGUGGGCUAUGAUUGCCAGGCUCUUUCCUGGGAGGACAGACAAUGCGGUGAAGAACCACUGGCAUGUGAUCAUGGCUAGAAAAUAUAGGGAGCAGUCCAAUGCCUACAGGAGGAGGAAACUUAGCCAAGGUGUCCACAGGAGACUGGAGGAUGCUGCGGCAACCUCACUAACCUGUGGCUUCAACACCAAUCUACACCUUCCCUUCACGCAUCUUUCUCUUGCCAUGGGUGGGUCCAAUGGCUCGUAUCACAUCACAACUGAUGGGGGUGGAGAGGAUGGGUUUUGCUCAGAUCAAGCACCUUAUGAUUUCCUUUCUGGGAUAAAGGGUCAAGGCAAGACAAGAAGCUUCCACAGCACCAAUAACUGGCGUUGGGAUGGACCAAGAGAUGAGUCCUUCAUGUGUUCUUACUCCCAACAUCCAUUCAUGGUGGGUAUGCAGCAGCCAAGCUACCCAUCCCACAUCUCAGACUGCUCCGCGGCAUCGGCAGCAUCAGGAGCUUCAGCUACUGAAUCAUCAUCAUCAUCAUCAUUCAAGGAGAAUGGAGAAAAUGGUCAAUUUGAAGCCACCACCUCACCACCUUUCAUAGAUUUCCUAGGAGUAGGAGCCACUUGAGGGAGAGGAGUAACACAAGAAUGGGAAAUGAAGAAGGCUGGCAAGGAGGUCAGAAACUCAGAUGACAUGGUGGGAAAAUGAGAACAUUGUUUUGAGUUGGGUAGCACAAGUAACAGGAGACCGUAAUCAUUUUAACUCUUCUUCCAUGUGAGCGGCCACCUGCUCCACCUCAGUUGGAAUCCAAUUAACUCCUUUCAAAGAUGAGAUAAAGUUAUUU